AGGGGGAAGUGCAGUGGGUGGGUCUGUGUCCACCCAGUCACUGGUCUGUCGCGGUGCCACCGUCUUCGCAUAUUGUGCACACUGGAUUUUGUUGCUUUCUUGAAAAUAAAACCAUUUAGCCAUGUCCUGUUCUAUGAGAAGUCUGACGGAGGAUGAUAAUAGAUACCUGAAGUCCUUCCAGUUGUUCCUAGAGCGCUCAUCUGAACACCAAUGCAUGCAGGACUUCAUCCACAUCGCCCUGCCUGACAUACUAGCAAGCAUUGGAAGGGGGAAAGACUAUCUUAAUGUGAUGGGAGUUGGAAGUGGAGCAGGGGAGAUUGACCUGCAGAUGUUGACUGAACUGCAUCUGAAGCAUCCUGCUGUAACCAUCCACAACCAGGUGGUGGAGCCCAGUGCCCAGCAGCUGCACAUGUACAAGGUUUUGGUGUCACAGAAUGCAAACUUAGACUUCAUUAAAUUCACCUGGAAUAAGAUGACAGCCACUGAGUUUCAGAAGCAAUGGAAUCAGAACAACUGUAAGGAGAAGAUGGACUUCAUUCACAUGAUACAGGUGUUGUAUUAUGUAAAGGAUCCAGGUGCUACAGUGUCAUUCUACCAGAGUCUGCUUGACAAGAACGGAAAACUACUGAUCAUUCUGGUGUCAGGUGAAAGUGGCUGGGGGAAGCUGUGGAGGACAUUCAGGAUGGAGCUGUGUAACACAGAGAUCAGUCAAUAUGUGACCUCGGGUGACAUUAAAACCUAUCUGGACUCCAAAGCAGUGUGCUAUCAGAGCUUUGAGCUGCCAUCCCAAAUGGACAUAACCGAGUGUUUCAUUGAAGGGGAUGCGAAAGGAGAGCUGCUGCUGGACUUCCUGACUGAAGUUGUGGACUUUAGCUCUUCAGCUCCUCCUGAGUUGAAGGCUGGGGUUCUGGACCUACUGAGACAUCCAGACUGCAGCAAGGAGGUGGAGGGACGGGUGAUCUUUAACAACACCCUUGAGGGGCUGGUGGUCGGAGGUGGAGGGACGGGAGAGGUUGAUCAACCCUCAACUCUCACUUAAAAUACUGUAGAGAUAUAGAAUAUCAGUGAUUUCAUGAAAACCUGUGAAACUGCAAUUAUGAAAGCCAAUGUUUAUUCUGUGUGCCAUACAAAAUGUCUAUAAGGGCUUGGUAAGGUAUGUUCAUGUUUAAUAUAUAGGUUUUAUUAGAAGCCACAGAAUGAAUAAACAAUUUAUUUUAUAAAAU